GACUCUUCCUGCCACUCCCUGCUCCGCCAGCUCUAUUUCCGCAUUCCACAUCGUCUCAACACGAAGGGUUCCUAAUAUUUCAAGAGUCUCUGCAGUUUUUAAAGUUGUUUUUAAUUCAUUCGCUAGAAAUGUGGAAGCUGCUGAGUACGUUUCUGUUCCUCUCGGUGACGCUGAACGCCGACGGGCUUGUUUACAAGGCCGUCGGUGACACCGUGGUCCUCACAGCGGUCUCUCAGGAGAAACACAUAACCAGCAUCCAGUGGAAACAAGUACCAGACAUCGCUGCCGAGUGGUCCGGGGGGCUUACGACCUACUACAGCCACUUUAAAGCAGGCCGCAGCGCGCUGGAUGUUUCGACCGGAGCGCUGACGAUCACGGGCGUGACGGCCGACCACAGCGGCACCUACACAGCAGAGAUCAACUACAAUAUCGCCAACUCCUUGGAGCUACUAGUCAUCUCCUCUGUCUCCAAACCCAAUAUCUCCACAUGGUGUGACCCCGAGAUGACCUCCUGUAACCUCACCUGUGAAGGCGACACCACGGGAGCCAAGCCGGUGACCUUCAGCUGGCGUUUGCCCGGCGGCUUUGUGAACUCAACCAAGGUGUUGACUAUAACUAUGGACAAGACGGAGACAAGCUACUCGUGUAUCGUGGAGAACCCGGUCAGCAGAGAGGAGAGCGCCGCCAUCCCCGACCCCUUCCCUCAAAAAAGGAACCGGAUGUGGAUAUUACUCUGCAUCAUCCCUCUAGCAGCAGUGAUUGGGAUUGUGAUUGUGAUUGCGCGUGUCCUUAUAUUCAAAUUCAAAUCCCGCAAAGGAUGGACACCAGUUGACCAGAAGCAACCCAACCAGACGACCGACCGUGAGGCCACCGGCCGUGGGGCGACCGACCAUGAAGCAACCAACCAUGAGACGACCGCCCUUGAGGCCACCGACCGUGGGGCGACCGACCAUGAAGCAACCAACCAUGAGACGACCGCCCUUGAGGCCACCGACCGUGGGGCGACCGACCGUGGGGCGACCGACCAUGAAGCAACCAACCAUGAAGCAACCAACCAUGAGACGACCGCCCUUGAGGCCACCGACCGUGGGGCGACCGACCAUGAAGCAACCAACCAUGAAACGACCGCCCGUGAGACAACCGGCUGUGAGACGACCAACCAGAAGCAAACCAACCAUGAGACAACCGUCCGUGAAACGACCAACCGUGAAACGACCGACCAAGAGACGACCGACCAAGAGACGACCGACCAAGAGACGACCGACCAGAAGCAAACCGACCAUGAAACAACCGACCAUGAGACAAACAGCCGUGAGACAACUAGUUGGGAGACGACCGACCAGAAGCAAACCAACCAUGAAACAACAGACUGUGAAACGACCGACCUCAAAAAGCAGUUUUAGAAGAAAGCAGCCGGGUCUACAGUUGACCCAAAUUACUUUUAAGGUGAGAAGUUUUGGUCAGGCAUUUUAGGUAAGUUCCAAUUUCAAAAAGGGGAAGAUGUUCUGGAAGACAGCUGCUCUGUCCCACUGAGAUGUUGUCGAAGGAUUUCAUCAGACAACAAACCACAUUUGUCAAAAGUGGUUGUGAAAGUUGACCGAAAAACUGAAGAGCUCAUUGUAAUAACAUUUUGUUGGGCUCACACUAUUUAGGGAUCAAGAAUCAGGAACAUUUAUUGCCAAAGUGUAUUAGACAUAUGAGGAGUUUGACAUUGGGGGUGGUGCAUAGCGUUGGACAAUGAGACAAUGCGACGGUUGACAACGAGACAGAUCGCACCGUGCAGUGAUUCCCUGUGUGUUCAUGAGCACAUCUUCAUUUACAGGUGCUACUCUGAAAGUGAGUGUUUGAAAAGUACGCUGUUACAACCUAAAUAUGUUUUUGGCAUAAUUUAUUCUUUGCUUUAAUAUGAACUAUUAAAAGAACUCCUUUGUAUUUCAUGACAUGAAUCAUGUGAUCACCUUUGGCCUUAUAGGUCUGAGGUUACAGGGAGAUUUUAGAACAUUUCUAUGUAUAAGAUACUUUUAGGUGAAGGAAGUAUUCAUCAGUUUGAGUCCCACUUCAAAGUGAAUUUGAUGUUCUCAACUUGUGCCUUUUCCUGCUCAGUGAGUCAUGUUUUUGUUUAUUUUGUAUGACUCGGAUUGCACAAAUAAAUAGCGUCGUUCCUGCUUUGUCCACCAGGGGGCACCACUAGCAGCUGUGUCUUAAUGUGUAAAGACAACACACUAAUGUACAUAAGGAUGUUACGACUAAUUGUGAAUCUUAUAGCUAAAUAUAAAUAAACCGCAUACUACUUGCGUGUACUUGUACUGGUUAGUAUACAAGAACUUCCACAUAUUACUUCUGUGGGAGAAUGUUGUCCAGCAACAGGAACCUCAAAGGUUCAUAUCUAAUAUGCAUCCAUCUACCGUGAAUCUACUGACCUCUGUGGUUUCAGAUUUAGAGCCCAAGAGUUUAUAACGUGUCAAAAGCGCUGCCACAGCUCUCCUCCUCUCAGAGGGACGGCGCACAUCAUUCUUCUCUCCCAUUGUGUCCCGCUCACCUGUACAACGUAAGUGCUACCCUCCCGAGAUGACUCUUCCCCAGCGUUGACAGCCGAGAGCAGCGAGGGAAGACUGAUGGAAUUUAGAUUUGGAGCGUAUGUGAGGACACAUGCCCGCGGCGCAGAGGGGAUUUAUGUCUGCGUGUGCUCACAGGAUCAGCACCGGCUCUCCGCACCACCACAGGGAGCCAUGUGUCAAAGGGAUCCCUCCAUUCAGGAGUGGUGGAGGACAAGUUCUGACAAAGCCCAUCACACUUCUGUGGAAAAAAAAAGAAAAGCAGCCAGUUUCUUCUAGGGAAACGUUUGUGAAUAAAAUUGACACUUUUGCUUGA